AUGACCAACUUUACCAUUAUCACAGAAUUUCUCUUCAUGGAAUUUGCCAGCAUCCGAGAGCUUCAGGUGUUACAUGCAAUAUUUUUUCUCUUGAUUUAUUUAGCAACAAUAAUGGGCAAUUUUCUUACCAUUACUGCAGUUGUCACUGACCCACACCUCCAUGCUCCCAUGUACUUUUUUCUAAGCAAUUUAUCCCUAUUGGAUAUCUGCUACAUCUCAGUCACUCUCCCCAAAUUCAUUGUUAACACCUUGAUGGGCAUUCAAUCCAUCUCCCUCCUUGGAUGUAAUACUCAGAUUUUCUUCUUUCUCUUUUUUGGAUCAACAGAAUUUGCUUUCCUCAUGACUAUGUCCUAUGACCGCUUUGUGGCCAUCUGCCAUCCCUUACACUAUGGGAUCAUCAUGACACCAGCUCGAUGCCUUGGGGCAGCAGUUGGCUCAUGGUUCAUAGGCAUUGUCUAUUCUGCUCUACACACAGGGAACAUGUUUCGCUUGCCCUUCUCAGGAUCCAAUGUUAUCCACCAGUUCUUUUGUGAUAUCCCACAGAUACUGAAGGUUGCAACCUCCAAUGUGUACAAUACUGAAUAUCUACUCCUUGCCACAAGCUCAUGUUUUCUCUUAUUGUGCUUUGCCUUUUUAAUUAUAUCAUAUGCCCGUAUCUUCUCCACUGUGCUCAAGAUCCCCUCUGUGGAAGGACGAUACAAAGCCUUAUCUACAUGCUCCCCUCACUUGAUUGUCCUUCUUUUAUUUCUCCUUUCUGCAAUUAUUGCAGUCCUGGGGCCAACAUCAGAAGAAUCAUCAGUUCAGAGCCUUCUUAUUGCAAUGGCCUACACAGUACUGCCCCCAUUCAUGAAUCCCAUUAUCUAUAGCCUGAGAAACCAGAAGAUCAAAGUUGUGCUGAUUAGAAUAAUCAAGAUGGCAUUAUUUCUCAGGAAGGAUGUUUCUAACCCUAAGAAAAUUAAGAAGGCCAGGAAGGUGUGA